CUGGUCUUCGCAUCCAACGAGAGUGGAUUUUCAACGAGCUCGAGAGAAAAGCGGAGAAGGGCAGACAUCAUUUCUCUCUUAGCGUCUUUGGACUAGCUACUCGGAGGCAUAGAGAGAAAAAGUAUUAAAUCUUUUUUUCUCUAAACAGGACUGUAAUUAUCUAAAUUAUUUUACAAAACUAUAGCCAUGGCCGACACAGUUGUUGACACGACCGCCACCACAGAGGUUACAGCCAAGGAGCUGAAAGAGAAGAAAGAAGUGGAAGCGGAGGAGGAGGUGAAGAAGACGGACAGCGGGGAAGCACCUGCCAAUGGCACAAAUGGUGCUGAACACGAUGAGAAAAAGGAAGAAACUACAGAGGAGGAGCAGAAGAACGGAAGUGCAGAAAAUGUCGAGGAGGCGCCCCCUGCUGAGGAGACUGAUGCACAGCCUGUGAAGCGUGCAGCUGAGGAGGAGGAGGAGGAAAAAGCAGAGCCAAAAAAGCAGAAGACAGAGGAAAAUGGCGAUUCGAAAGAGGCAGAUGUGGAGGCUUAGGUCUUUCCCCUGCUACAUGUUUGCGGCACUGUCCCACCAGCCUGGUCAACAUCGUGUUUUAGAGCUUGUGCUUUCUGUUUCUUUUGAAAGAGAUUUCUUUUUGGUUGCUCCCAUGUUAUUUCAUUGCACUGGAGUCUUGAAACGUGGUGGCCCUGCAUACCCCUUUUUUUAUGAAAUGUUAUUUAUUGGUCCUUAAUGAGCAUUUUAUUUUCUACUCGUAGGAGUUGGGCCACAGCAUAAGAUCAUUAUUUUUCAUUUCCUGAAGUUUCACAUCAGUAUGUUCGAAGCACAACCUCUAUUAUGUCAGUGCUGACCAGAUGAUUCAUACAUCCAGGCAGCUGCUCACCUUCAAGGCUCAUGUUGACCUCUCGGAUACACUUAAAGGACCAAAGACAAGUUUUAAGCAGGGGGUAAUGGACAGUUAAGCAUAAGUUAAGGCGAGAUAUUUUUUUUUAUGUGUGUGAAGCUGCUACUUAAAUCCCUGGCUGCCCUGUUAAUGUAACAGAUGGUGCAAAUAAAUAAAGGAGCUGUAUGUUGCACCUCCACAGACGGAUUGUUUGACCCUUCUCUGUGGAGGUAGGAUUUUUGCAAUGUUAAUUAACCCCUCUUAAAUCUUAAAGCUUUGGUCAUUUGUUCUGUAUGCAUUCCACGCAAGUUUGUACCAUUUAUAUGUUGUUUUUCUCGCAUUUCUCGAGUUUUAUGUUAACGGUUGAGUAGCCCAAUUCUGUGUAGACUGCCUUUUCCAUAACCAGAAUGGCAUUAGGUUACUUCAGCCACUGCUUUGUAUAUUCUGAUUAAGAAAUAAAUUUGUCUUUUUA